AUGAAACAAGGAUCGUAUAAGAAUUCGCUUGCUUUUCGAGAAUUCGCGAAUGUGACCGGGAAACACGGGCGGAUAAAUCCAUGUGAAGGGGAUCCGAAGCAGCCAUGGAAUGCAAGGCAGUGUGGGCAACGGAGAAGUGCCUUUCUUUGCACUCGCGGGCUGUACGCGGGCCUAGAAGGGCAGUUUAGGGGAUGUGCGCAGCGUGACGUAAUGGCUGGAGGAAUCCCGCGACGCGAUUCUCUCCCGGUUGAGGGGACGACAGCUGAUGAAGGCGAGACCUAUAGCGAGCAAGCUGAGAGGCGCAGCGCAACGGGCGGCGACACGAGUGGAGGCGACACAGGGUCAGGCGGCACGGAGCUGAUGUUGAAGGGGGACAGAGAAGAGGAAGGAGCUUGGGAAGAGGAGGUAGCGGUAGAGGAUGGCGAAGGCAGUAACGAAUGGUUCUAUAACGAGGACAUGUGCAAGUGGCCGGACAAGUUGCAGUUGACCCCUGGACUGUACCUGGUGGGAACCCCUAUUGGUAACCUCGAAGAUGUUACGAUCAGGGCGUUGAGGGUGCUGCGAUGUGCCGACCUCAUUCUAGCAGAGGACACGCGCCGCUCCGUCAAGCUGCUGCGCUUCUACGGCAUCACCACUCCCAUGAUGAGUUAUCAUGCCUUCAAUGCCACAGCUCGUCGAGAUGCUCUCAUUGGUCGAAUGCGAGCCGGCCAAUCGCUUGCGCUCGUGUCUGACGCAGGCAUGCCAGGCGUCAGCGAUCCCGGUGCUGACCUGGUCGCCGCGUGCGCUGAGUCAGCCGUCCCCGUCAGCGUGAUUCCCGGCCCGUCCGCUGCCACCACUGCGGUUGCGGCUGCUGGCUUUCUCACCAACGGCUUCACCUUCUCACACUUUGGCAUCGCACAAGCUGCUCUCUUCCAAUUUCCAUGCCUCCUUCUUCACUGCCUUGCCCGUCCAGUGGGGUUCCUCCCAGAGCGAUCGGCAGUGCUGCAGCGUCAGCUGGAGGAAGCAGUGCAGGGGGAGGCACUUUUGAUGGGGUUCCUCCCAGAGCGGUCGGCGGUGCGGCAGCGUCGGCUGCAGGAGGCAGCGGAGGGGGAGGCAAUGCAGGUGCUGUUUGUGGCGCCGCACAAGCUGCUCUCCUCGCUCUCCCACUGCAUCCACGCUUUUGGCCCGGACCGACCCUGCCUCGUGGCUCGGGAACUCACGAAGCUGCACGAAGAGCUGUGGCGAGGGACGCUCUCAGAAGCACUUGCAGAGUUCACGGCUCGCGGGACAAAAGGGGAAUUCACCCUGGUAAUUGACGGGCUGCCCCGAAAGGACCUGGACGCAUCACAGCAGACAGGGGAGGAGGAAGUGACAGCUUACCUUGAGAAGCUGAUUCAGGACGGCACACCCCCCUCCCAGGCUGCAAGGAUGGCAGCAGAGACACUGAGAGUGAAGCGCAAGCAGGCCUAUGCUCUCGCUCUUGCCAUUUCCAAUCGCUUGCAGCAAGCACAAGGGCAGACAGCAGAGGCAGAAGGACUAGAAGAGGAAGCGGGAAGCAUGGGUUCAGGGGGAGCAGCACAGGGUGAAAGUUGA